UCUCCACUAUAAAAGAAGAGAGGCCCCCAAUUCAGAAGAACCGAAACAGUUCUUCCUAUCGAUUUCAGCUCCGAGAAGAAUUUUUGUCGCCGUUCGCCGCCGACGUGAUCGAGAUGAGUUAUAACCAGCAGCAACCGCCCGUUGGAGUUCCUCCGCCGCAAGGUUAUCCGUACGGGUACGGGAACGAGAAGGACGCCUACCCGCCACCGGGAUAUCCGGCUCAGGGUUAUCCGGCGGGAGGAUACCCGCCGCCGGGGGGUUAUCCGCCGCCUCAGUACGUUCAGCAGCCGCCGCCUCAGCAACAGAGUAGUGGACCGAGUUUCAUGGAGGGAUGUUUGGCUGCCCUUUGCUGCUGUUGCCUCCUGGACGCUUGCUUUUAGAAGAAAUGAACGGGCUUUGGGCUGCAAAGGAGGAGAUCUUCUUCGGGAAUUUUAAUCGCAUUCCAGUUUCUAUCUAGUAGACAUUUCUAUCUUCUUCAUCCUCUGUUUUUGUUUUACCUUAUAAUUAUAGUGUGGAUCUUAUGAAAACUGGAUUUCAUUAAACCUGUUAUAUAAUGGCUUUCUGCUCCUCAUUGGAUCUGUUA